UCCCUCUUCAUCGAUUCGAAAGUCCCCGACCUAAUCAAAUCAACCACACCUACAGCUAGCUUUGCUAGCUAACUCACGCAGGAGAGGAGCUAAUCAGCUAAGCUAGCUAGCUCCAAGCACCAACCAGAUUAAUUAACUAAUCGGCCAUGGCCAAGCAUCAGCUUACGGCCACCGUUCUCCUCGCCGUCCUCCUGGCCCUCGCCGCGCCGUCGCUCGCCCGCGACCCCGACAUGCUCCAGGACAUCUGCGUCGCCGACUACAGUUCCCUCGACGGCCCGCUGAGGGUGAACGGGUACCCGUGCAAGCGAAUCAGCAACGUGACGGCGGAGGACUUCUUCUACGGCGGCCUCGCCACGGCCGCGGACGUCUACGCGGGCGGCAACCCGAUGGGGUCCGUGGUGACGCCCGCGGGCGCGGACAAGCUCCCGGGGCUCAACACGAUGGGAAUCUCCGUGGCGCGCGGGGACUACGCGGCGUGGGGCGGCGUGAACCCGCCUCACUCGCACCCGCGCGCCACGGAGAUGCUCCUCGUGCUCCAGGGCGCCCUCGAGGUGGGCUUCGUCCUCCCGGGGACGGCCAACAGGCUUAUCACGCGCACCGUGCCCACGGGCGGGGCCUUCGUGUUCCCGCGCGGGACCGUGCACUACGAGCGCUCCGUCGGGGAGUCACCCGCCGUGGCCGUCUCGGCGUUUGAUAGCCAGUCUCCUGGCACGGUGGUUGUUGGGGAUGCGCUGUUCGGGGCGGCGCCGGCGGUUCCCACGGAGGUGCUGGCCAGGGCGUUCUUGGUUGAUGUUGGCGUCGUGGAGAAGAUCAAGUCAAAGUUCCAGACGAACUAGUCCGCAGUUCGUUCGUUCGUACGUGUGUAAGCGGUGCAUCAAUCGAGAGUGUGUUCCUCCAGUUUUAACGUGUGGUUAAUGGUUUGGAUCGUCGUCGGCGCUUAAUUUCGUUUGUCGUUGAUUGUACUGGCUCCGUGUGUGUGUGUGUGUCGGCGGUCUUACGUCCGGAACCACGAUCAGUUACUUGUAACAUUUGCUGCAUAGUGUACAUCAAUGUUGAAUAAAUGUACAAUGAAAUUAAAUGUGUUGAUUGUUUGCGGUGAU